ACCUUGUUUACGGCAGUAUUUGACAGGCGAGCGCGGUAUUUGUAAACAAAGCUAACAGUCCAGAGGUCGCAGAGUUUUUAAAUAGCACUUUUUAAUGUGCUGAAAUUAAUUUUAUCUCACUUUGUCUCUAUUUAAUUCAUUGGGGGUGAAGAUUGUCAACAGAUAACCACUUUAGUAGCUGUUUGUAGAAGUUCUGGUUAGCGGUUACCAUGGCUAGCGGUUACCAUGGCGUUAGCUGUAGCGAGCUCCGUUAGCUACCAUGCUAACCCGGUGGAGCGCCAGCAGCAGUGAGGCUGUCUGGAGGAGCGGACAGGCAUGCUGGUAGUGAACCUCCUCGGGAGAUCUGCGCUUCUUCGAUCGGGACUACAGCGGCUCGGGGUCCAGCUGAGGAGUUGUUUCUGUGCGGCGCAGAGUGACCUGUUCCCGGACACACCGCAGCAGCAGCAGCAGGCAGACAUGAACCGGAACCGGGCUCAGAUCCAGCGGGUCCUCUGCGUGGCCGAGAAGAACGAUGCGGCCAAAGGCAUCUCAGAGAUCAUGUCCGGAGGCAGGUCCAGGAGGAGGGAGGGGAUGUCGAAGUUUAAUAAAAUCUAUGAGUAUGAAUAUCAUCUCUUUGGUCAGAAUGUGACAGUCUCAAUGACAUCAGUGUCAGGCCAUUUACUGGGUAUGGAGUUUAAAGCACAGUACCAGAAAUGGCACAGUUGCAAUCCUGUGCUGUUAUUCGAUGCUGAGGUAGAGAAGUACUGUCCAGAUAACAUGAAACAAAUCAAGCGGACACUGGAGAAAGAGGUGAGGCAGUGCCAGGCCUUAAUCAUCUGGACUGAUUGUGACAGAGAAGGAGAAAACAUUGGCUUUGAAGUCAUAGAUGUCUGCAAAGCAGUGAAACCCAAUAUACAAGUCUUUCGGGCAAAGUUUUCUGAGAUCACCCCCAACUCCAUCCGGAGAGCUUGUGAGACUCUACUGGCGCCGGAUGCUAAUGUCAGCGAUGCUGUCGAUGUCCGUCAGGAGCUGGACUUGCGAAUAGGUGCGUCCUUCACUCGAUUCCAGACGCUUCGCCUGCAGAAGAUCUUUCCAGAGUCUCUGGCCAAUCAGCUGAUCUCAUACGGCAGCUGUCAGUUUCCCACUCUGGGCUUUGUGGUGGAGCGCUUCAAAGCCAUCCAAGCUUUCAUACCUGAGACUUUCUACAAAAUCAAAGUGCUGCACGAGGUGGAGGAGGACACUGUAGAGUUCAGUUGGAAAAGAAACCGUCUCUUCAACCACACAGCUUGCCUGGUGCUCUACCAGAUCUGCAUGGAGGAUCCCAUAGCAACAGUCACCUCAGUAACCAGCAAGCCCAAGAGCAAGUGGAGACCGCUGCCUUUGGACACUGUGGAAAUGGAGAAACUUGCUUCUCGGAAGCUAAGAAUAAGCGCCAAAGAGACCAUGAAAAUUGCAGAAAAGCUCUAUACCCAAGGGUAUAUCAGCUACCCGCGUACGGAGACCAACAUUUUUCCCGAAAACUUGCCUCUCGGCCCCCUGGUGGAGCAGCAGACACAAAGCCCGGUCUGGGGGACGUUCGCCCAGCGGGUGAUGGACCAGCCCGGGGGUCCCAACCCACGACAGGGCAAGAAAUCUGACCAAGCCCACCCCCCCAUACACCCCACCAAGUUCUCCAAUGCACUGCAGGGCAACGAAGGACGUGUGUACGAGUUCAUUGUCCGGCACUUCCUGGCUUGUGUAUCCCAAGAUGCUUUGGGGCAGGAGACUGUGGUGGACAUUGUCAUCGCCCAGGAGAUUUUCUCCACCUCGGGACUCAUGAUCAUUGCUAGGAACUACUUGGACGUUUACCCGUAUGACAGGUGGAGCGCCAAGGUGAUUCCAGUGUAUGAGCAAGGCUCCCAGUUCCAGCCCUCUGCUAUCGAGAUGGUGGACGGACAGACGAGUCCUCCGCAGCUGCUCACUGAAGCCGACCUCAUAUCACUGAUGGAGAAGCAUGGCAUCGGCACCGAUGCAACCCACGCAGAUCACAUCGAGACCAUAAAGAGUCGCAGGUACGUGGGCUUGACAGCUGACCAGAGGUUUCUGCCUGGAGAGCUCGGCAUGGGACUGGUGGAAGGUUACAACUCUAUGGGUUAUGAGAUGUCCAAACCAAACCUGCGUGCUGAAUUGGAGGCGGACCUCAAGCUGGUAUCGGAGGGCAGGAAGGACAAACGGAGCGUGCUGCAGAACCACAUCCAGAAGUACAAGACCGUCUUCAUCGAGUCUGUCAGGAAGGCAAAGAAGUUAGAUGAAGCGCUGUCGCCAUAUCUGGGUGCAGCUCAGGAGAUCGCUGAAGCAGAGCAGCAGGACAUGGAGAUGCCGCUGCCGGUCAGGAAGUGUCCUAACUGCGGGCGGGACAUGGUGCUGAAGAAGAAGAGGGAGGGAAACAGUAAGUUCCUGUCCUGCACGGGUUACCCGGCCUGUAAGACGGCAGUGUGGUUCCCCGACACGGUGCUGGAGGUGAGCAGAGAUGACAGCGUUUGUCACACCUGUCAGCCGCGCCCUGUUCACAUGUUAAAGUUCAAGUUCCGCAGGGGCAGCCUCCCUCCCAUGAUGCCUUUAGAAUUCACGGGCUGCAUCGGUGGAUGUGACGAGACGCUUAGAGAGGUGUUGGACCUGAAGUACCUCCGAGCAGGGGGAGGAGGUGGAGGAGGUGGGGGAGGUGGGGGAGGAAGAGGAGAGGAUCUUCGUCCACCGGCUCCAAGACACCCCAGACCAGAGCCACCCAGAGCGCCAAGUUCAAAUCCUCGACCUUCCCUUCCUCCCGUCCCCUCCUGGACCCCGCAGCCACGACCUCCAGCAGGUGGCGGUGGUGAUCCCAACAAUGAUGUCAUUGUGUGUAACUGUGGUCAGGAUGCACUCCUCCUGACCGUGCGCAAAGACGGUCCCAACCAAGGGCGUCAGUUCUACAAGUGCAACGCCGGGAGCUGCAACUUCUUCCUGUGGGCGGAUCAGCCAAGUCAGCAGGAGGGGGAGCCACACGGUCGAGGGCCUCCGCUGCAAGCGCCGCCGAGGCCCUCUCUGGGGUUCAGGAACACCCCCGGAGGAGGCAGAGGACAGGAAGGGGGCGCAGGAGGACACGUGGGACAGACGAUGUGUAACUGUAACGAGACGGCGGUGACGCUCACGGUGCAGAAGGACGGUCCAAACAAGGGCCGGAUGUUCCACACCUGCGGGAAACCAAGAGAGCAGCAGUGUGGCUUCUUCCAAUGGGCCGAUGAGAACGCUCCUCCACCAGGUGGGUUUGGCGGUGGAUUUAAUGGUGGCGGAAACGAAGGGAAGAAGGGAAGGAGGAUCACGGGAGACGCCAACGCUAACAAACCUCCAGCUGCUAGAAAACCUCGUACCUGCGGCAUCUGCCACCAGCCGGGACACACCCGAGUCACCUGUCCCCAGCGGUGAUCGCUGCUUAAAGACGCUAUGUGGCAUUACUGAAGUGUAUGACUUCAAAGUGUGACGUCAGGUUUUAUUUCUCAAAUAUGCAGCGACUCCAAAAAGUACCUCUUCGCAGGGGGUGGACCUCAUCUUCUGGGAGAAUUGAACCAAGAGCCUGUACACCUUCCUGUGAAGUCACAUUUUGAAAACACUUCCAAGAGGGCACAAACAGGUUUGGGCACGAGACUGAAGUCAUGUAAUGACUAAGACUCAAAUGAGAUCAGAAAUUACCGGCAACAGUUGUGCAGCACAAUGGCAACUCUGUUAUAAAAUAGGGGAAUGUCAAAGACAUUUUGCGUCAACAGAAACUGGACCUUUUCUUUCUGUUCUCAUCCAGCUCUAACGUCUCAGGUCUCCUCAGAUCUGCAGUGUGCUCGUUCAAGAUGGCUCUUUUUUCUGGUCCCCGGGAGGAAAGUAAGGGGUCACUUUGGAGUCCAGUUAACUUUUAGUAUCAACAUUUUAGGAAAUACGCUUAUUUGUUCUCUUGCUAAGAUUUAGAUGAGACGAUUGAUACCACACUUGUGUCGGUACAGUAAAUGUGAAGCUGUGUUUCCCAGUUUAUACGCUUUAAACUCUGUCUGUCUGAGUUGAACCACUUUCAAAACUUGUCGGUGUUUGUAACCGCAGUAACCUGAAAGUGCUCAAAGGUUAAUGGGAGAUUUGCUCAGCUGGCCUUAGAUCAAAUUAAUGCCCCGUCUAUUGUGUUUAUCUGUAUUCACAAUCCUGACAGGCUUGACUGAGAUCACUUUAAGGAGGGUGAUUCUGUCACACAAGCACUGCUGUCUUUAACCAAUAAAUGUGUAUUUCAAAGAAAGCGUA